UCACCGCGCCUACGUAGCAGUGCGACCCGAUCGAUUCUUUCUCCCGCUUCUUCCCUUCCCUCCCGUUUCGACGGCCUUGUUUUCUUUUUCUCCGUCGGACGUUUCCAUACUGUGUCAGAAAGGAGGAGCCAUGUUGGUAGUUCUGAGAACCGCCGCUCACCCGUACGCUCCUUGAACGAGGGCUGCGAUUGUUGCGUAUAUGCCGACUUCGCAAAGCGCCGCUGACACUCGUAGCCCGCUCGGCGAAGACCAUCCCGAGAGCGCCGAGCUAUCCCGGCCAAUGGCCAAGGACACGAUCUACCUCUGCAACUUUCGCGUCUCAGUUGACGGGGAGUGGCUGUGCCUCAAGGAGCUUGCUGAUGUCCAGUUUGACACCCAGAAACCCCUUGCAGUCACAACUCCUUAUGCCUUCGAGGAUCGAGAUCCUGUGGCUAUAGAGCGCUCCAACCUGCUGAACUUGACAAAGUUGGUUGUGAAAGAGCUCAUAGAAUCAUCGCUGAAGUUUGGGCGUAUGCUCGACUCGGACCAUCCUCCAUUGCAGCAUUUUUUUAUCCUGCUUGAGCAUGUCCUGAGACAUGGCCUGAAGCCUAAAAAAGGCAUUCUGGGACCUAAGAAAGAACUCUGGAAUGUUCUUGAGGCAGUUGAAAAGUUUGUACCUGAAGCAGCUGACAUUACAACAAGUGUGCGAGACCUCCCAACUGUCAAGAGUCAGUUGGGCCGAGCCCGAGCAUGGUUGAGGCUUGCGUUGAUGCAGAAGAAGCUUGCCGACUACUUUCGCCUGGUUGUUGACAAGAAAGAUGAACUUCUUAGGGACUUCUACGAGGAUGAUGCCUUGAUUCUGUCUGAAGAAGCGGUUGUUAUUGGUGGCCUUCUUGUUGGGCUAAAUGUCAUUGAUUGCAACCUUUGUGUGAAAGAAGAAGACCUCGAUUCACAGCAAGGGGUCAUUGACUUUGGCCUUUAUCUUCGAGAAAAUUCUCACAGUGAUGUAUCCACAGAAGGGGUUGAACCUGCAAGCAUGACUGCUGUGUUGGACCAAAAAAAUUAUAUUGAGGAGCUGAACCGUCACCUGAAUGCUACGGUAACAAACCUCCAGCAAAAAGUGGAGCAGCUACAGACAACCAAUGCACUGAUGAAAGAAGACUUGGCCAUAAGCAAAAAUCAGAUACUCACUUUGGAGGAAGAAAAUCGUGUCCUCAGAGAGCACCAGGACUCAAUUGUCGAAGACCAUCAGCGCAAGCUUCAGAAUGCAAAGGCUGACAUGUGUGCUGAGAGGGAAACACUGCAGGCGAACCAAGCUGGUCUGGACUCGCUGUACACAGAGGUCCGGAGGCAGUUAUCUGAGGAAGUGGACAGGAGACAGGAAGCAGAGAUGGCAUUGAAAUUGCUUGAAAAGGACAUCCAUGAAAAGCAGGACAGCAUAGUGAGCCUACGCAGGCAACUGGAGGAUAUCAAAGCUAUUAACCUCCAAUUGUUCAACAAGCUUCAGGAUUGUGAGUCCUCGCUAAAGGCAAAAACAGAGCAAACUGCAAAGCUGGAGCAAAAGGUGGCACAAUUGACUGCAAGCCUAAAAGACGCCGAGACGAAAGCGCAGUCGAUAGAGAAACAAAAGCAGGCUUUCGAAGAAACAACGAGAAGCCUAGGACAGCAGCUCAUUGACAAAGAUCAAAAAAGGUCUCUGUUGGAAUCCGACCUGAAGAUUGAGCGCGAAUGGCGGGUGUCGCUCCAGGCCACGGUGGCCGAUCAGCAGGAGGAAGCCGCCAAGCUGCAGCGCGGCAUUGAUGCCUACCAGCAGAUGGCACAGGAUCACGAAAGGCUGAAAGUGGAAUUCUCUGAACUGGAAAGAAAGUGCGCUGAACACGAGCUCACAUUAGAAGAGCUAGGCUGCCAACUGAGCGAGUCCAAGCUGCAAGUGGCUGACUUGAAGGAAAACAACUUGUCCUUAAAGGAAGCUGUCUGGACAAGUGAUAAGGACGCUUCCUGCUGUCGUCAGUGCAGCAAGCCAUUCUCUGUUGCCAGGCGAAAACACCAUUGCCGUAGUUGCGGGGAGAUCUUUUGCCACGCCUGCUCGGACAACACGAUGCCACUUCCGUCAUCGGCGAAGCCUGUGCGCGUGUGCGACACCUGUCAGACUGUGCUGCUGCAGCGGUAUUCAGCCACCUCCUGAAGCUCUGCGUUCAGGCCUCACUACGGGGCCAUGUGCUGCGCCCGUGGCUGUCCUUUUGGGGCAAGUUCCCCCCCUCGCCUCUCUGGGAAUUCAUUCCAUCUCUGCCUUCUCGUCUUGCGCUGUCCCCUCGGAGUGGGUGCAUGUGACAGUUCGGGCCCUCGAGUAUUACGCCACAGGUACAAACUGGGCCACUGUGGGGAGGCCCACCGGUAUAUACGUGUAUUACGGUGCCGCCAGCGAAUGAAAACGACACUUUGUGACAUAGCCCUUGGUGUGCGCCGCCGCGCCCAUUUAGAGUUUUUAAACGCUGUUGCGACUCCUGAAUCGCAAGCGCUACUGCGGCGCAAUGGGAGUUCCGGCUCAUAAUACACACUGCACAAGGCGCCUCGUACUACAUAGUACCGGGAGAGAAUUGGGGUGUCGGGUACAGGUUUUAGGACGACAUACAGAUGUGUGGGUAUUUCUAUAUUUCAUAUAUAACGCCGCUACUAAUUUCGAGAAUACAUUGCGGUGCGUGAGCUUAGGAACUGCGUGAAAAAUUAUUCAUGACAGCAUAUAUUCGAAGUGUAAAGUUGUGAAAACUAUACAGACGUACUAUUAUUUUGCCCGUAUGGUUUUUCUGUGGGACCCGCUUUUUGGAGGACAAAAUAAUCAGGCCUUGCCGUUGCCUUUGCCGACCUGUUAGUUUAUAAGAAGUUUCGAAUGAACUGUUAUAUUGAAUAAAGACCUUUCAUUUGCGA